AUGGCCUCUACUCAUGAUGAGCUGCCUUCAAUGGCGGUGUUCAGCCCGCAGAGCAAGGCGCCACAAGAGGCAUAUCUGGACGAAUUACGGUCCUAUCUGUGCGGAAAGGCUGAACUUCGACCUUUACUUGACGCCAUCGAAGAUCUCCCGAACACGUGGUCCAUCUUUGCCGACAACAACCCCGACAUUGCAGCUUUGAGCCAAGGCUUACGGUAUACCCAGGCCUUGUCCGACUGGGUCAGGAAUGGGAAUUCAUCAAGGAUUGCCAAUGUCAUGUCUGGGAUUUUGUCAUUACCUCUGUUGACCAUAAUCCAAACGGUACAGUAUUUCCAAUUCCUCGAAGUCAAAAGGCUCCGCCACCAUGACUUCAUAGCGCGGCUUCGGGAUAGAGGAGGAGUGCAAGGCUACUGUGGAGGACUCAUGCCUGCUAUUGCAAUCGCCUGCUCUGCGAGCGAAGCCGAAGUAGCCAUCAAUGCCUCCAAAGCCAUGGGCAUCGCACUAGGCGUUGGCGCUUAUGGUGAGCUUGGAGACGACGAGAACAUAGAGGGCCCAACUACAAUAGUCGUCCGACUCAAAUAUCCGGGCCAAGCCCAGGAGAUCAUAGAGGACUUCAACGACGCGCACAUAUCAGCCAUCACGGACCCAAAGACUGUCAGUAUUGUUGGGACGUCCAAGUCACUUGCAGAAAUCCAGGUCCGAGCAAAGGCUCGUGGGAUGCAAACCCAAGCCAUGCAUCUGCGAGGGAAAGUGCAUAAUCCGGAAAAUGCCGAUUUGGCACAGGAGCUAUGCACACUUUGCGAUAAGCACGAGAGUCUUCUGCUGCCGGACGCUUCGCAUUUGAAAUCUCCUUUGAGAUCCAACAAGAACGGGGAGAAGAUUCUGGAGGGGUCCCUCAAUCAUGAAGCAAUUGAGACGAUCCUGGCAUCGUGCUGCCAAUGGUACAACCUUCUCAAUGGCGUCUGCAGAGAUUUGGAGAAGACCGGAACUCAAACCCAUCUUUUUGCUGCGUUCGGGAUUGGCGACUGUAUUCCUUUGGCUCCAUUCCAUAAAGCAGGGCUGCAGAUCACAAAACUGGAUAUUCUCUCCUUCAUCAAAGCUUUAAUGCCACCUGUUCUGCCAGUGUCUGACUUUGGUGUCAAGUAUGCUUAUCCGACAGAUGCGGUUGCUGUCGUAGGUAUGGCAUGCCGCCUACCUGGUGCUAACAACAUCGAAGAACUCUGGGAUUUAAUCUCGUCUGGCAUUUCGACUGUGGCACCGGUCCCGCAAGAUCGGGUGGACAUUGCGCAUAGCUUUCGAGCUUUGCAAGACCCAAAGUGGGCCGCUAAGCAACAGUGGUGGGGCAAUUUCAUAUCUGACAUCGGCUGCUUCGACCACAGCUUCUUCCGCAUGAGCCCACGAGAAGCGGCGUCAAUGGAUCCACAACAACGGAUUCUUCUUGAGACAGCAUAUCAAGCAAUGGAGUCGAGCGGGUACCUUGGAUCGCACCGACGCGAAACGGGCGAUCCUGUCGGAGUCUUCCUAGGAGCAAGUUUCGUUGAGUAUCUGGACAACACUUCUGCAAACCCGCCCACCGCAUACACCUCUACUGGGACAAUCAGAGCGUUUCUAUCCGGCAAGAUAAGCUAUCACUUUGGUUGGACCGGUCCUUCCGAGAUUCUCGACACAGCAUGCUCGUCUUCCCUAGUCGCCAUCAACAGGGCUUGCAAAGCGAUUCAGAAUGAUGAGUGCUCAAUAGCACUUACUGGUGGUGUCAAUCUUAUCACUGGUGUUCACAACUACUUGGAUCUUGCAAAAGCAGGCUUCCUCAGUCCAACUGGGCAAUGUAAGCCAUUUGACAGCGGCGCAGACGGCUAUUGUCGUUCAGAGGGUGUAGGACUUGUUGUUUUGAAGCGCUUGAACCAAGCCUUGACCGAUCAAGACCAGAUACUUGGCGUUAUCCCCGGCGCAGGCACCAAUCAAGGUGGCUUAAGUCCAUCACUCACAGUUCCGCACAGCGCUGCUCAGGUAAAGCUGUACCGGGGUAUCCUCCAUCAAGCGGGAAUGAGACCGGAGCAGGUAUCUUAUUGCGAGGCCCACGGCACAGGCACCCAAGCAGGCGAUCCAUUAGAAGUAGCAAGUGUACGGGAAGUUUUCGGGAGCCCUGAACGGCAAGAUUACAUGCAGUUGGGGUCGAUAAAAGGCAACAUUGGCCAUUGCGAAACUGCUGCUGGAGUUGCCGGUCUUCUCAAGGCGCUGGUCAUGGUCAACAAAGCCGCAAUACCGCCUCUAGCUAGCCACAAGAGUUUGAAUCCAAAGAUUCCAGCUCUCGGGACCGACAGACUUGCAAUUUCAAGCACUCUAGAAGCUUGGAAGGCUUCGCCGAGAGCCGCACUGGUGAAUAGCUAUGGUGCAGCUGGAAGCAAUUCAGCUGUUCUGGUUUGCCAGGCUCCUGAUAAUGAUAGACAGCCUGCACGCUGGUCACCGCCCUUGGAUUUUGCCUAUCCAAUCAUACUGAGCGCUGUGUCCAAGGCCAGUCUGGUUGCCAAUGCUGAGAAGCUAGCAACCUUUCUUGAGACUUCAAAGUGCACGAUCGCUGAUGUCGCGUUUACCCUCGUCGAAAAGCGCAAACGCCAUCCAAUACGAUUCGUGUCGAUGGCGUCGAAUAUGCCGGGGAUGGUCAAAUCUCUACGAUCGAUACAGGACCCCUCGGACGCUCCGCAGCCAAGAAAGGUGGUGUUGACCUUUGCUGGCCAAAGCCGGCAAUCUGUUGGGCUGAACAAAAAUCUGUACGACUCAUUCCCUCUCUUCCGGCAGCAUUUGGAUGCAUGCAACGAGCUGUUACAGCAAAGUGGCUUUUCUUCCUGUAUACCAGCAGUCUUUGACAAGGAGCCUGUUGGGGAUAUUGUGGCACUCCAGUGUGGGUUGUUCGCUGUUCAGUAUGCAUGCGCUAUGGCUUGGAUCGACAGCGGACUCCAAGUGGAAGCUGUAGUUGGUCACAGCUUUGGGGAAUUGACAGCUUUGGCGGUGUCGGGUAUCCUAUCCCUCAAAGACGCUAUCAAGCUUGUUGCUACCCGAGCUGUAUUGAUGCAGUCAAAAUGGGGCCCCCAUAAAGGGACAAUGCUUUUGGUGGGUGCAGCUGCUGAGGUUGUGCGAAAAAUAAUCUCCGGAAGGCAAGAUGUCGAAAUUGCUUGCCACAAUGCUCCAACAACCCAGAUUGUCGUGGGCACGGAAAGUGCCAUCUCAGAGGUCGAAAAUCUUGUCAGCCAGGAUUCAGAGUAUGGUGGCAUCAAAUGUAAACGCCUAGAUGUUACGCAUGGCUUCCACUCCCGCUUCACCGAACCACUGCUGAAGGAUCUUUCUGCGGUGGCUAACUCGAUGGCCUUCAAAGCGCCAUCGAUCCAUUUAGAGUCCUGCACCUUUGAAGAGCUACCCCAAGUAGGACCCGAACGUAUCGUCCGACACACUCGAGAGCCUGUCUUUUUCCACCAAGCUGUACGCCGCCUGGAGCAGCGAUUUGGCUCAUGUCUGUGGCUCGAAGCUGGCUUCGACUCUCCGAUCACAGCAAUGAUUAAGAGAGCAGUUGAGACCCCGGAGAAGCACCACUUUCAGGAUCUGAAGACUCCGAGCGGAACAAACCCCACUGUCUUGCUUCCUACCAUAACAACCAAACUUUGGCAAGAGGGUGCCUCGACCUCCUUUUGGGGCUUCCGUCCUUUGCAUGAAACGCACGUCAAGCAAGUAUGGUUGCCACCGUACCAAUUCGAACGAAGCUACCACUGGAUGCCCUAUACCGACCAUGCUUUGGAGAUGAGUGAAAACCAAGCUAUCGGCGGCAAAGCAAAACCUGUGAUGGAAACGUCAAGUAAGCCCCUACAACUGGUCGAACCUCGGACGAAACCCAAAGAAGAGGGUGAAUAUACCAUUAAUACACAAGCUCAACGCUACACCGGCAUCGUUUCUGGACACGCCGUUCUAAACAAACCACUGUGCCCCGCAGCUAUGUACAUGGAAUGCGCAGUGAUGGCCGCUCAAUUAUCACUUGGCAAGACCGAGAGUCAGGGUCUUUGGUUUGAGGAUCUGACCUUCGAAGCGCCUCUCGGAGUUGACCAUGGUCGCGAUGUUACUGUUGUCUUGAAAAAGGACGGUUCAGACAAGGCUUGGUCUUUUGUUGCCAGGAGCGUAAGCAAAGCCAACCCAAGCCCCAAACCGACAUUGCACGCCAAAGGAAAGUUUGGUUUCUCUUCGACCACUCGAUUCGAUCGGUAUGAUAGACUCAUGACGGGCCGCAUAGCGCAACUCAAGGAGCAGCCCGAAGUUGAGAAGCUGAAAUCCAAAAGAGCUUACGAACUGUUUUCUCGAAUUGUUGUGUACGCAGAGCUUCUGAAGGGAAUAUCGUCGAUCACAUUAGGGGAAUCGGAAGCAUUGGCAAUGAUCGAUGUACCGCUCCAUAGCAAUACCAAUGACAGCUCUGCGACAGGAAUUUGCGACACAAUAGCGCUGGACACCUUCAUUCAGGUGGCAGGUCUUUUGAUCAAUUCCAGUGCGCAUUGUGCCGGGGAUCAGGUUUUCGUUGCCACUGGUGUUGAGAAUUUUUCGAUGGGCGCGGCCUGCGACUUUGACAGGUCCAGGAAUUGGAUUGUGUAUGCCAUGUUUACACCUGUGGGUGACGGGAAAGCGAUGGGAGAUGUUUUUGUCCUCACAAGAGAUAACGUCGUGGUCAUGACGGUCAUGGGUGUACAAUUCACUAGGCUUCCGGUCACAAGGUUAGACAAGCUGCUGGACUCUGCUAAUCCUAAAGCUCGCGACGCGCCGGUCGCGAAACCGACUCAGCCAACUCAGCCACACUUCAUAGAUGCGACACCUGUUACCUCUAGCCAGAAACAGAGCGAUUCUGACAGUGAUGAGGAUGGUCUGCAGUCUGGAAGCAGUAGUAACACCUCUCUUGACAGCGAUUCGGAGGGGCCUGAUGAUGAUGGUAGUGUGAAGACACUGAAGUCUCUCAUCGCAUCGUACGUCGGGUUGGCCGAAGAUGCCAUUUCCGAUGAGGCGAAUAUUGCGGACCUGGGAGUCGACUCCCUAGCUGCUACAGAGCUAGCCGAUGAGGUCUCGAAUACCUUCUCCACGGAAGUCGCUGGGGACGAAAUUCAGAUGAUGACAUUCGGCGAACUGUGUCAAAAGGUGGCACCCCAGAAAGCAAGCAGACCCUCCAAGGCGAGUAAACCGGCUCCAACCCAAAUUUCAACAAUUGCGCCACUGCCAAGCGUCUUACCCGGCAAACCUGAAGGCUCGAAGCCUGUAGCAGAGGCUCUGUCAAGAGCAAAUCCUGCACUAUCCGAUACCACUGUCCUUCAAUCCGAUCCCAUCCAAAUCCUUCGAGAAUGUGAUCCCUUAAUUGGCACAUCUGCCGACAAACACGGCUUCACUGAUUACUGGGACUUAGUCGCGCCAAAGCAGAAUCAGCUCGUCUUGACGUAUAUUGGAGAGGAACUCAGAAAACUGAAUCUUGAUCUCUGGACGGCUGAGGCUGGAGCGAUCCUUCCAAAUAUCGCAUAUCUUCCAAAGCACGAACAAGUUGUCCAGAGACUGUGGGAUAUUCUUGCCGAUCAUGGCAUUGUGUAUCCCUACGAUUCCAAAAUGAUCCGGUCCAGCAAGCCUCUUUCAACAACACCAUCCACAGAUUUGCUCAAGGAAAUCAAUGCCUCGUUUCCGAAGUAUGCCAACGAAAACACGCUUAUGUCUGUCACGGCACCCUAUUUCGCCGAAGGAUUGGCCGGGAAAACUGAUCAUAUCGGCUUGCUCUUCGGGAACCAGUUCGGCCAGGAAUGUCUCAACGACUUUUACAACAAUUCGCCCCAGCUGGCAGUGAUGACGAGUCAUUUGCUUAACUUUUUCAACAAGCUUCUCGCGGAUAAUCCACCUGAAGGCCCACUUAGGAUCCUUGAAGUUGGUGCCGGCUUCGGAGGUACCACAAGACGACUGGCAGAAAUGCUAGAAAAGAAUGGUCGACCCGUGGAGUACACAUUCACCGAUGUCUCUUCUUUACUAGUGAAGGAAGCACGGAAGAAGUUUGCAAAGUAUUCGUGGAUGGACUUCCAGUCCUUGAACCUCGAGAAGGAUCCUCCAGCCUCUCUCCAAGGCACGUACGACAUUGUGAUCGGGACUAAUGUGGUGCAUGCAACAUCGAACAUUGUGAACUCGACAAAGCGACUGAGGUCUCUUCUGAAGAAGGGUGGCUUUAUGGUCUUAUCAGAAGUCACCCGUAUCGUGGACUGGUACGAUCUAGUUUACGGACUCCUAGAUGGAUGGUGGGCAUUCAAAGACUCUAGGACUUAUCCGUUGCAGCCUGCCGAUGACUGGGUGAGAGACUUGCAACAGGCUGGUUUCGAAAGCGUCUCUUAUUCGAAGGGGGACACUGAGGAGUCCAAUACACAACAACUCAUUAUCGGCUCCACUAAGCCAAGCAAGGUACCAAGUACUAGCGAGUCCGUGAAAGCCCGACUAAGGCAAAGCUACAGAACUGAGACGAUGCCCUACAAGAUCGUUGAAGAUACGAAAAUCCUGGCGGACGUGUACUUCCCUGAGAGCCCGGCGCCGACAGAACCCAUGCCAAUAGCCCUCAUGAUCCAUGGUGGCGGUUACAUGACACUUUCAAAACGUGCCAUAAGACCCCAUCAAACACAACUCCUCCUUGACAAUGGCUACCUUCCCGUCAGUAUCGACUAUCGACUAUGCCCUGAAAUCGAUCUGAUCGCCGGACCGAUGACCGAUGUCCGAGACGCCCUAGGCUGGUUGCGAACCAAGCUGCCCGAGAUUGCCCAAGCUCGUGGGGUCGUUGUGGAUCCGGCCAAAAUCAUCGCCAUUGGUUGGUCGACUGGUGGUCAUCUGGCCAUGACCACGGCGUGGACAUGUGAGGAGGUGGGACAAAAACCGCCUGCCGCGAUCCUCUGCUUCUACGGUCCAACUGAUUUCGAAUCUGAAGAAAUCGACCGCCCGCGCGCGGAGCAGUACCCUGAGCGAAGUAUGUCUUUGGACAACAUCCGCAAAUCUCUAUCAACAACACCCAUCACAUCCUACGACUCCCCCACCGGCUCCGACGGCACCAAUCUCGGCUGGGUCCGGCCGGGUGACCCGCGCUCCGAGCUCGUCCUCUCCCUCUUCAAAGAAAGCCACGGCCUCCGCGUCAUGCUCAACGGUCUCUCGUCCGCCGCGCUGGCCACCCCGCCCCCGCGGGCCAAAGUCCACGCCAUCAGCCCCAUGGCGCAGCUCAAAGCAGGACGCUACACCGUGCCGACGUUCGUGAUCCAUUCGGACCGCGACGAGAUCACGCCGUUCGCGGCCAGCGAGGCAUUCGUGACGGAACUGACGGCGAGGGGGGUCCGCGGUGGACUGGGUAGGGUGAAGGGAAAGGGGCAUAUUCAUGAUUUGGCAUUGAAACCUGGAGAGGACGGGUGGGAGGAUGGCGUGGGGGUGGGUUAUGAUUUUGUUUUUCGGGUCGUCGGGAGGGGUGGGUGA